GAGUUUCUCUUGUUUCUUGGUGUUGGAGGAAAAAAACACAGCAGCAGCCCCAUCAUCAGCAGACGCCAGCGAUCAGGAAGCUUUCUGAGGUAUGGUCCUGUGCUGAUGGCGCACUCUGAGCUGUUUGUGACAAGAGCGCCCCCUGUGGAGGGGAGAGCUGUGGAGCUGGAUGUUCUGAGCUUCCUGGACUCUUUUGGGGACGAAAACAGCACCGCAGAGAGAUGCUACCGCUCGCACUCCCGCAGCAGCGUCCUCCAGGGUCUGCCGUUUGGAGGGAUACCCACUGUCCUCGCCAUCAAUGUCGUGCUUUGGAUGUUCCUGUUACUCAUCUUCUCCUGUCUGAGGAAGGCUGCUUGGGACUAUGGCCGCCUGGCUCUGCUCAUGGAGAAUGACAGUCUCACGUCUUUGUUUUAUGGAGAACCAAGUGAGAAAGAGAAGUCUCCAUCAGAGUCUAGCCCCUCUGACUCUGAGACCAAGGACAUGGGCUUCUGCUCGUGGCUCUCAUCACUUUGCCAUAUGAAGGAUGAAGAGAUCCGUAGCAAAUGCGGCAUUGACGCCGUCACAUACCUGUCCUUCCAGCGCCACAUCAUCCUGCUCAUGACAGUGGUUUGCCUGCUGUCUUUGGCCGUGAUCCUGCCGGUCAACUUUUCCGGGAACCUCCUGGGAGACAGUCCUGAAAACUUUGGAAGAACAACACUGGCUAAUGUUAACGCAAAGGACAGCUUUCUGUGGCUCCACAGCAUCUUUGCUCUGGUCUACUUCAUCAUCACAUUGCUGUGUAUGGCUCACCACUUGAUCCGGCUGGAGUACAGAGAGGACGAGAAGGUAGCCAGGACACUGAUGAUAACCUCCAUACCAAGAGAGAUCUCUGAUCCAGGACUCAUCACCAAACACUUCCAUGAGGCCUACCCCAGCUGUACUGUCACUGAUAUCCGUUUCUGCUAUGAUGUCCACAAGCUGAUGAGGCUGGACUUAGAGAGGCGCAAGGCAAUGAAAGGAAGGCUGUACUUUGCCACAAAGGCCCAAAAGGAGGGAAAGAUCAUGAUCACGACUCACCCGUGUGCUCAGAUAUUCUGCUGCGACAUCUGUGGCUUUGAGAAGGUGGAUGCAGAACAGUACUACAGCGAGUUAGAAGAGAAGCGUACGGAUGAGUUUAAUGCUGAAAAGAACCGCAUCUCCAUGAAGAGGCUGGGCAUCGCCUUUGUGACUUUUCGUGAUGAGAGGAUGACUGCUGUAAUUGUGAAGGACUACGGUUUCGUUCGCUGCCGCCGCAGACCGCAGCAGUCCAGCAUCACCACUGUGGUGCAGUCGCACAAAUGGGGGGUCGGCUAUGCACCUGCACCUAGUGACAUCAUCUGGGAGAACCUGUCAGUGUGCGGAUCUCGCUGGUGGCUCCGCUGUGUUCUCCUCAACAUCCUCCUCUUCCUGCUGCUCUUCUUCCUCACCACCCCCGCCAUCAUUGUCAACACAAUGGACAAGUUCAACGUCACAAGGCCCGUGGACAGUCUGCGGAGCCCUGUCAUUACCCAGUUCUUCCCAACCCUCCUGCUUUGGGCGUUUUCGGUGCUCCUGCCCUUCAUCGUCUACUACUCAGCCUUCUUUGAGUCCCACUGGACCAGAUCUGGUGAGAACCAAGUAACAAUGCACAAGUGUUUUUUCCUGCUGGUCUUCAUGGUCAUCAUCCUGCCCUCACUUGGUCUGUCCAGCCUGGACCUUUUCUUCACAUGGCUCUUUGAUGUCCAUUUCCUGGAUGAGAAGGAGGUCAAAUUCCAGUGUGUGUUUCUUCCCGACAACGGUGCAUUCUUCGUAAACUAUGUGAUUACAUCCAGCCUGAUCGGCACAUCCAUGGAGCUGCUUCGUAUCCCAGCGCUGACGGUGUAUGCCCUCCGCCUCUGCUUCGCCAAGUCCCAAGCUGAGCGCAUUCAUGUCAGACGGAGUCAGGCCUAUGAGUUCCAGUUUGGCCUGGAGUACGCCUGGACCAUGUGUAUCUUUGCAGUCAGUAUGACCUACAGCAUCACAUGUCCCAUUAUAACGCCCUUUGGUCUCCUCUAUGUGAUCCUGAAGCACAUGGUCGACCGAUACAACAUCUACUAUGCAUAUGUUCCCACCAAACUCAGCCAGCGGAUCCACAGAGCAGCCAUCAGCCAGGUUAUCCUGGCUCCCAUCCUCUGCAUGUUCUGGCUGCUCUUCUUCUCUGUGCUCAGAUUAGGUCCAAUGCAUCCCAUCAGCCUCUUCACCUUAGUGUCCCUGCUCUCCUGUAUUGCCUUCUCCCUCUUCCGCUUGUGCCUUAGGAAGCAACCAGACAAGUCAACAAGCUACCAGAUGUCUGAUCAGCCGGCAGAGGGGACGUUCAGUGAUGGCGACAGAUCUACUGUAACAUCCACCACUGCCUCCAGUCUGUUUGUGGCGUCCGUGCUGCUGGAGCCAGAGCUGGCUUUGACUCCCAUGCCCUCCCCGGCCCACCACAGCUACGGCGCCAUGGCCAGCUCCCAGAGUUCAAGCCACGGCCCGGCAGAGGAAGAGGAGUGCGAGGAGGACCACGCCCAGACUCAUGAGACUGAGCUCCAAGAUCCCCCAGACCCCUACUGCUCCAGUCCACUUAUGGACAGCCCCGUUGGGUUCCAGUAACGCCAAAUCCCCCCCGAGCUAAUUCCACGUGUCCUUCACCUGUGGAUUGCUAAACGCCGCAAUGCUGACCUCAGACUCCAACUUAGCUGCCUCAGACCCUGAGACCAGACUGGGCUUGUUAGAGAGGAUGGAGAAGCUGAUGUGGAAAGAAGCUUAAGAAUACAGGAGCACGAUCCAUGUAAACAUCACUAUCUAUAUAUAUAUAGACAGCAGUUUGCCAAAACAUCUCGUGAACCUGUCUCAUGGACACAAACAUCAGUCUCCACAGAAGACACAUCCCUAAAUGUACAGAUUAUUUUAGUUGAACUAUUGGAUGCUCUGUGACAGGGAUUCUUCUUCUAUGGCUUCAUUUGCAAGUUAAAAAGGUUAAAAGAGACUGGGGUGGAAUUGCCUUGGGGUUGCUAUCACAGAUACUCUGUUCAUACUUGCCACUUGGACAUGAGCUGAGGUGAAAGUUCCCAUCAGAGUGGGUGGUGUGAGCAGGCUCGCCCCAGCAGACUGACAGAGUGGUCUGGGCGCGGGUGAUAUCUGGUUCCUCGGCGGCAGAGCUAGAGGAGGCUGAGGGUGAGGGCAGCUAGUUGUGAAGCCAUCUGCAGUGAGAGAGCAGACAGACGGAGGGCCAAGAUGUACUGUAAUAUAUGUACACACUCUCCAAGGAGGCACAAGCAGCUUGACUGUACCUGCAGCUUGUUGUAACUAUUAUCAAUUUAAGGUUGCUAUUUUUGCUACAGUAUUUUUGGUGUCAUUGAUAUUGUGCUUUGGGUUUGGGGCGUGGGCUACUGGAGGUUGUAUAAGGAUUUGCAGAGCUGUCCCAUCUUAAUCAGACUUUUCCCUUAUUAUGCUGUUUUGACUAUGUAUGUGAUCCAAUUAAAUUUUUGUUUAUUAUUUUAAAGGAAUAGCUCAACAUUUUGCUUAGACUGGUUUGCUUAAUGGCAUAGAGUUAGAUGAGAAAAUCGAUACCACUCUUAUGUCUGUACGGUACAUAAGAAGCUACAACCAGUUAGCCUAGCUUAGCAUGAAGACUGGAAACACUCACGUCACUACAGUAACUUACUGAAUUCUAUUUGUUAAAAAGUAGCAACUUCAGAGACUGAAAAUGAAGCCGACGCAGUGCUGAAAACUGCAGUUCCUCAAAUGGCCACUUGAGGCUGGCUCCAAAACAGUCUCCACAGACCCCCAUGUUACAAUGCCCAACUUUACAGUAGAAAUAAACAUGUUUACAGCCUAGUACAAAAACUUUUCUGGUCUUUAUAGCUAAUUCCAACAUUAAUGACAACUGUAUGUUUGUGAGUUUGUAUUUAACUCACCCAUUCACUUUUUUCUGAAGGCCUAAAGUUACGUAUAAUUAAGGGUGGAGCUGGUGGAGUGACCGGCUGUCUGCAAGGCUUCACCACAGUCUGUGAGUCAGAUCCACCCCUCGCUCCUCAACAGCUCCACAGUCUUUCCAAAUAUGGUUACCUCGGGUCACUUAUGACUCCAAAAAUCAAAGAAAGUGAUGGACAUAAUGCGGAACAGGAGUCCAUUAUUUUUAUACAGUUUAUGAUUGUCACCAAGCCCCAAAUAAGUGUGCCAGGCUUUGAAGCUAAUUUUACAUAGUGGCCAAACAUAGAAUUACAAUGUCAGGGUCUGUCACUUGAUGCCAUGGGCUCAAAAAGACUUUUUCCCGUAGACUUAAAUUGUGAAAGAAACGUCUGUAAGUCAGUGGAUAAAUGUUUUUGAGUGUCACAACCCCUGCAAAAUGAGUUGUUUAACUAUUGGGAUAUGAUACAGCCGAUCCGAUAACAUUCGAAAGUCGAGAAGAGCCACACAAUUAAAUCAUUUUAUCCUCACUCAAGUUAGCGGAGUGCUAAACUGAAAGUUAGCCGCUGCUCUAUGGAAAAUUCAGGUAAUUUCAUACCACAAAAAUCAAGCUUUAUCAGCUUCAUGUGCCACUGAGCCCCCCCAAAAAACAUACAUUUUACACGUUAGUUUUACUAUGAAUUAAACAAAUGUGAUAUAGCAUGUUAUUUAUUAAGCUUUAAAGGUGCUUUAUUGUGCUUUGUUUCCUGUGGACGGAGCCGGGCUGACUGUUUUCCCCCAUUUCCAGUCUUUAUGGUAAGCUAAGCUAAGUUGCUUAUAUCAGAUAGUUUAUAUCAUUGAACUCUCAGCAAGAAAACAAAAUUUGUUUCUUUCCCAAAAUGUUGAGCUAUUCCUAUAAGUUGUGUGAGCUAUGGAAAAAUUAGAAGCACAUCCUGAAAUUAGAACAUUUUGAAAAUAUGCUGAAAGUAACUACACUGUAUGUUACCUCUUAAACUGUUAUGUUGCCAUAAUGGCUCCAAUUUAUUUAUUUGUUUAGUGUUGGUAAAUAUUUGUGCUAAAAUUACAUUUUCUCCCCAAAUACAAACAGUAAAAAUCAAGCACUACCAUACUGUACCAUGAUUUUAGUUGCAUUAAUGUAUUCUGUGUGACACGCCACUGCAUGUUAUGUUGUACAAAUGAGGUAUGCAUUUCUAUCCUUAUUCAUAAUAUCCAGUUUUAUAUGUGCUAUUUUCAUUGGUUUGCCGUCUGUGUGUUUGCAGGUUUUGUAUUUUGGAGUUGUUUUUAUUUGAUGAAAGUUUUUCUCAUGAAACUGAAUGUAAAGUGAUUGUAGUUCAUUCAUUUCUCUUGCUGUGCCUUGAACAAACACUCCUUUUUGUGUGACAAUCCAGCAUGGCCUGAAAUAUGCUGCAUGGACUGAAAACUAAAGAGUGGAGAAACAUCUAAGAGAUGAAAACACAACAACAAACACAUAAACAAUCCAGAGUAGUGAUUUUCAUCACACAGUCAAUGGGUAGCUCAUUCUGUUAGUCACGAGACAAGCAGUAGGCUUAUUCCACUAACAUACUGACAAAACAAUCUUCAAGCACUUACUACCAUUUUCUGGAGCUUUCAAACCAUAUCACAUGGUCUUCAUCUGCAAGUUAGUUUGUCACAGAAUUGUGGAUGAAAAAACUUUCCACUUUUCAGUGCAUGUUUAGGAGUUUUCUCCAUGCUUGACAGCACAUUCUUGACUAUGCUAAAAAAGAAAAAGAAAUCUCUACUCGAGGUCCACUUACUUGCUCUUUGUGGAACUUUAAACGUCUAAUGUGGAGGAUUUAGAGUCAUCCAAUGCUAACAUUAACAUUGUCGCCUCACAGCAAGAGGGUUCCUGGUUCAAAAUUAGGGUAGGGGUUUCGAAUCCCGGGGUGGAGAGUCCUUCUGUGCAGAGUUUGCAUGUUCUCCCCAUGUUUUCUUUGGGUACUCCGGCUUCCUCCCACAGUCCAAAGACAUGCAGGUUAAUUGGUGACUCUAAAUUGGCCGUAGGUGUGAAUGUGAGUGUGAAUGGUUGUCCGUCCCUAUGUGUCAGCCCUGUGAUAGUCUGGUGACCUGUCCAGGGUGUACCCUGCCUCUCGCUCAGUGUCAGCUAGGAUGGGCUCCAGCCCCCGCACCCCCUAACAGGAUAAGCGGUUACAGAAAACAAAUGUAUGAAUAAGAAUAGUUGUGUGUUUGUUACCUUAGAAUGAGCCAUGCAUAUCUUUAUACAGAGCAGGUCCUCUUCUACGGAGUCUGCCAUUUUGUUCUACAGUAGCCCAGACAAAUCAAACACUGACUCUAUGUUUUCAGAUGUCCCUUUUACAAUGGUAGUCUUCAGGGAAAGUGCUGCAGGGGAUUUUUUUUCACUGCUAUACUGCAAGUGACCACUUGUAAAAUUGGAGGCAAGGCUGAGCAGCUCUCUUAGGGGCCUGCUUGGCACAUGUAAGAAGUUUCAGUUCUGCAGCGUUACUGCUAUGUGCCACUAAAUCCUACACACUGGACCUUUAAGAGUAAACUGUAAUGGUCAACUUGUGCAGCAGCAUGGACACUGAGAAGUCCUAAAGAUGCCCAGGAUAAUAGAAAGAUUGAAGGUCUACAGAUCAGUGACAGCGAAGCAAACUUGCUUGCUGAUGAAGACCAACACUGUCAACACUAGGCAAACUUACUGUGUGUCUUUACAUCACAGCAGUUGCAUCGCUUUUUUAAGCUUUGCAUUGUGUACUUGUCGGUGCCUUGUUGUCAAUUUCAAUCAGUUUCUCAACUGUUGUAUUCUUUGAUUAUACAGAACAUAUACAAUCUAUGGCCAAUCUAAAAUCUUUUAAAGUGGUUUAAUCCAGUGUCAUUUGCUUGUGUGUGAUUUCUCUGUAGGUCGUUUUAAUUGUAACAUGUUUGAUGAACAGUGACAGCACUGUCUAGAUCAGCUCAGCAAAUCUUCUGUCAGAACAGCUGAAAAAGCUUCUUGAUGUCCAGUCCUGUUGUUUUAGUCCAUUUUAUGUUCUGUAUGAAGGUUUAAUAUAGUUGAAUCAUAUAAAAUCACAGGCCAGUACUUUCAUAAAAAUUGAUGGCAUAUUAUUGCCUAAAAUGAAAUGCACUUUGCUCCAUUUCACAAGGAAUCUAAUUCUAGCUCCUCGUGCUGUAUAAAACAGAUGAAAGCUGGCAGCAGAGAGAAUGAAGUGGUCAGUGCUGAGAAUCAUGAAGUAAAAUCUAUUUGGAAAAAAAAAAAAACAUCAAAGAGCAUCUCAACAUUUCUGUCUGUGAGCUACCAACACUGUGGGUUUCUCUUGCAGAAGCUUGUUUCACAGAUCAUUAAAUGUACUUUCCUUUGAAAAUACAAAAUAAAACUUAUUAGGGUAUUCUUAGCUCUAAUGGCCAUGCAAGGAGGGAUUGUCCAUUUUCAUGCCUAACUAGUUUUAUUGUAUCCUGUCAUGUCUGUUCAUAUACUGUCGGCUUGGCCAUCCGAGGCCAUCUAUUUGGAGGUACAUUAGCUUUCCAGACACGUCCACUGGUUUUUGCUCUUGGUUAUGAAAUGUGUGUAUCAAAAGUGCUUUACUUUAUGCAGUAUGUGAGCCUGCUGUAAAUGUGGGUUAUUUUAUCUCCAAGAAGGUUGAGGUUAAGGGACAGACUGCAUUUGAGAUUGAUCUCUGUCAGGCUAACGAGUUUUCAUCUGUCAAAAGUGAAGUGCUGUGAUCUGAAAUUAAAAUUAAUUCAGCUCAAUCCACUCAUCUUGUGCCAUGAACUCCUUAUUGCUCUCCUCUGCUGUGGUCUGUGAUGAAGGGUUGUUGAGAGGCAGUGAGUCACAUUU